AUGGCGCCCGGAAAUGACCUGCCCGCGCCGGCUGGCCCACAGAAGCAUCGGGCCUGCGACGAGUGCCGAUUCCGCAAGAUCGCCUGUUCCAAGGAGCCCGACGGCUGCCUGCGCUGCCAGAAAGAGGGCAUCCCGUGCGUCUACUCGCCCCAGAAGCCCAUGGGCCGUCCCCGGAAGCGGCGGCUCAUAGUAGAGAACCCAGCGCCGUCUGCCGCGCCUGCAUCCGUGCCUAAUCACCAUCAACAGCCCAUGCUGUCAACGGAUCCGACAGGCCUCUUCAGCCCGUCUCUGACAUCAGAGACCUCGUACCUCGAUCUGCUGCCCGACUAUGACUCUGGAAAUUCUAAUUUAUUUGACAUAGACGACAAUGCAGCUUUUACCUACUUCUCUCUGGACGGCCAAGGGCUGUUUGAUGGUGUGGGCAUGCCUGCUAUGAACAUUGGCCAAGCUGAUCCGCUCGAGGGCAUAAGCUUUGACGAGACAGACCCGUCUAUUGCUACCAUGUCCAAGGAUCUCAACGACUCUCUGCAAAGAUACAUGGUUUCUCAAUAUCUACAGGCCUCGACGCCUAGCGAACCCAGCCCUAGCGCAAACUCUUCCAAUUGCUUUGAAUCGCUGGGCUCAACUACUACAGAUACGACGUCGCCGGUACUAGGAGCAGCAAGGGCACACCCGACUAGCUCUUGUGACUGCCUUUCAUCGCUCUCUUUAGCACUCGGUUCCUUGAACCGCCUUCCGUCCGAUGUUUUGUCUGCAAUGCGUGUCGCCCGCGAGGCCACUAAAAUUGCUCAUGAUAGCCUCAACUGCGCGCAAUGCUACCAGGAUAUGUACGAUCUCACCAAACCGCCGCCCAUCUCUCGUUUCCAAAGUAUGAUGUGCCUUGGAGCUCUUGUUCCCUCUGCCUGCAACGCCUAUGCCGCCAUCCUGGAAAUGGUCGAUAGAGACACGGAACGAGCUAAACAGGAGUUUCAGAUGCUCUACUUUAGCUACAAAGAGGUUGGCGGAAUAUGGACAAGAGUAGCCGAUGAGGACAGUGCAAGUGACAAUCCCGACUGCGCACUGCUCAAGAGCUACAACAACAGAUACCUGGAGCCAGAUACUUGGCGGACAACUAUGCGGGCCAUUUUGAAGGUUGAGGUCUAUGGAUUCAAGUGCGGAUCGACAUCUGCGGCGAGUUCGGUGGACGGUGACAACCCUUGUUCGUGUGUCAAUGUGCACCGGGGGCUCAGGGACGUCGUCACGCUUCUCGACGAGGAAAACCAGAAAAGGCACGAUAUUGCGGAUGCUCUCAUACAGACGGGUCAACAUCACCUUAUCUGGCACUCUCCUUAUUUCCUAAUGUCAGGUCCACCGAAGCCCUUCCCGCGCGAGGAUAGGCAAUGCAUGCGUAUGCUUGACAUGGCGAGGAUGGCACUGAGUAACUUGGUUAUAACAUAG